AUGGCAGACCACGUUAUAAGAAUACUUCGACACAAAUUCUCGCUGUUCGUGCUCCCUUUCCUCGUCUCCUCACUCCUACUAACCCUAGACUCCUCUAGUUGGUGCCUUAACCUAGCAGACGCCGCCGCCGUUCCGAACCCUAAUACCGAAACGAAGUUUCGGCGAAUCCAGUUCUCGCAGGCGGAGCUGAAUGCCGCCGCAACUCUCCGCGCCGCUCAACGGCCGCAAGCCCCGCGCAGAGGCGGCGGAACGACGCAGCUGGCGCAGCGGGAGCGCACGGAGGCGCCAACCGAGCUCCGCAUUCCCCUCAACGGCGCCGCGAUGAGCGUCGCGUCGCUCAGCGAAAUGCUCCUCGUCCGCCCGCGCGGCGCGGCGCAGGCUCAACCCGCCGCCGCUGCCGCCGCGAAACAGUCAUCCGCGGAACCAGAUGGUUACACACCCUGCCCGCAGUUCCAACCCUGGAGGGGCGCGCUUUCGCACAUCUCCGCCUGUAAGUGGAGCAGACCGGAUUCCGCCUUCCCCGCAAGCGCGUCCUCCCCGUCCGUCGCGCUGCGGCUGUUUAUGAUCGAUUUCCUCGAAGACAAGAGAGGCCGCGCGGCUGAGAACGAGUGCCGCGAUCGGCGCUGGAUCUGGCCGCGACCGCUCGUCACGGGCGGAGAGGUUUGCGUGGACGAGGCGGACGAGCUUCAAGUGGACGGUGAUGACUCUAACGAGGAUGACAAUAACGAGGAAGAACUGCCCGAGCUCGUGGGCGCGGCGGAGCUUAUGGAGCGCGUGCGCGCGGCGCUGGGGCAGCGGCGCGGGGAGCAGCGGUCGCGGCUGGAGGCGAAUGAGGCGGACGAGGUGGGGGAAGUGGGCGCGCUGGGGGGAGGCGGAGUGCUGCGCUUCAGCGACGUGUUUGUGAACUCUAAAGGGACUGUCUUUAACGAGAGCCACGUGUUUGCAGUGGACGCGUGCGGGCGGGGCCAGUGGAACCGGCAGGGCGGCGCAGUGAAAGCGCUGAAAGAUUCGAUUUCCUUUGCACCGGGGACCCGCGUGAGCGUGCACGAGCACCUGGUGAAUCUCCUGCCGUACGAGCAGGAGGAGGCGGAGCAGCAGGCGGAAGAGGCGGAGGAGGCGGAGAUGGCGGAGCGGGGGCUGCGGGGGACGGACUGGGUGGCGCAGGCGCGGCUGCACAACGGAAAGGAGCGGCUGCUGGCGCGGCUGCUGCCCGCGCUGUACCUGGUCGCGACUGCACUCAUGCCCGCUGCGAGGCAAUACCCCCUGCUGCUGCGGAGUGAACAUCUGCUGGAGCAUCUGGGUGGCAGCCUGUUCGGGGUGGACUUGGCGUCGCUCUGCUGGAGCAUCUGGGUGGCAGCAUGUUCGGGGUGGACCUGGCAUCGCUGUCCGUACACCACCUCUCGGCUAAUCAACCACUUUUUCUCUUUCCUCCCGUUCCUCUUCCCCCCCUCCCCUGCUACUAUCUAUCACAUUCAGCUUCUGGAGCAUCUGGGUGGCAGCAUGUUCGGGGUGGACCUGGCGUCGCUGUCCGUGCACCACCUCCCGGCCAGCAGGCAGCACGGCGACGGCCAUCGCCACCUCUUCUACGCCAAGACACUGUUCAUGCCCGUGCAUGCCAGCAGCGUCCCAUCCAUGCCAGCAGCGUGUGCGGCCUCUCCUCCUCCGGCCGCCCGCGCACCCUUGCUCCCUUCCAUUGCUCAUCCUCCCCUAUUCUCCCCCUCUUCUCCCCCCACCCUCUCCCAUUCCCCCCCCACCCAGCCCGUGCAUGCCAGCAGCGUGUGCGGCCUCUCCUCCUCCGGCCGCCCGCGCGCCCCCGACGCCCUCUGGCUGGCCCUCCGCGGCCACCACCUGCUGCCCCCCGACGGCCUCCCCAUCCUCUCCCCCGCCUGGACCCCCCGCCUCCCCGCGUCCGCGCAACCCGCCUCUUCCCCGCAAUCCGCUCCGCCGGCCUUGCACCCGCUGCACCACCUCGCGGUGGGGCGGACGCUGCCGGAGGACUGGGUGGUGGUGGUGUCGCUCGUGUGGAGCGCGCACGUGAUGGAUCGCGGCGGCGGGGGCGUGGGCGACGGGAACGCGCGGACGGCGGCGACGCGGCACACGGAGGAGGCGAUGGAGGCGAUUGCGGGGAUGCUGCGGGAAUUGUACUCAGAGGAGCGCGUGGUGGUGUACGAGGAGCAUCUGCCGCUGAGGAAAGCCAAGGCGUUGUUCUCGCGAACGAUUCUGCUGGUGGGACCCACGUCCCCUGCGCUUUCGAAUCUCAUCUUCAUGCCGUUUAACUCCACGGUUAUCGAGAUCUUACCGUACGUUGUCAAUGGCUCAUCAGAUUCUAGCAAGAGCAAGGUUGCGGAUUUGCAGCAGAGCACAGCUGGGAAAUCCGGUGGGAAGUUGUCCAGCCAACAGAGCACUGCCACGUGGCACUACAGGCUUUCCGAGCGCGUGGGUGUGCAUCACCUGCUGUCCGUGUGCGAUCCCGGGAGGAACCACAUGGAUGAAAGCGAGAUGUGCCACGUGGACGAGGUCUACGCCAUGGUAACCGCGUCCCUGCGCAAGAAUCCGGUGCUGCGCGAAGCCACAGGGUUACCACCGGUGACCUUCCCCCCUGAUGACGUCAGCAGAUUAGGGGAUUUCCGCGAUUUCAUCCCGGGGUCGAGGCUGCGGAAGGGAACGGGGCAGGUGGCGGGAUUUCGGCGGUGGGCGGAGUGUGUAGCGGAGAGGGGGGAGUGGCGUUUCAACGCUACUCCGCGGGUGCUGGCGUGGCCGGAUCACGGAGUCGAGAAGUGCGACGCGGAGUGGGAGGCCGCAGGCGGAAUCGCGUCGACCAAAGCGGAUAAGGUCGCGGCACGCGGGCCAGCAGCUGCAGCUGAUUGGAAGGUUCGAGAUUCGCUCAAGUACGAGUGGGUGGUCCCAACGAACAAGUGUCCAAAGGCUACUGGCUUCGCAGCAGCGCAGCUGGCCGUGCCUAGUUCCGAGCCCGCGGAUUUCGUCGCUCCGGGAGCUCCGCAAAAUCUUGCUCCGCUGCUCCGCUUCCGCCCGCAGCCCGCUGAAUCAGCGGAACCGGGCAGACAGCGGCGGCGCGACAGGAGCAACGAGGCACAGCACGGGGAGGAGGCGGAGCUGCAAGAUCCGCGGGACCAGCUUGAUCCGCGGGAUCAGCGGGAGGGGGAUCCGCGGGAUUCGCGGGUUGAGCGGGAGCGGACGGGGGCGGCGGCGGCGUUAGAGGCGGCGGUGGAGGGAUCGUCCCUGGCGGUGCUGCCUCUGGCCGACCUCAUUCGCGCGCCGCGAUCCGCGCAGCAGCUGGAAUGGCAGCGAACGCAGCAGCAGCAGCAGUGGGAGCGGCAGCAGCAAGAAGCGCAGCAGCAGCAGCAGCAGGCGGGCGGCAGUGCAUCAGCAGCAGCACCGGAACCAACACCAGGAGUGUGUCCGGAUUUUCAGCCAUGGGGCUUCUUCUCGCCUGACGCACCCUCCCCGCAGAUCCAUGCGUGCGUGUGGCGACCCAGAGCAGCUGAUGAUACCCCCACUGCUGCCCUUCCAGUCAGCAAGAGCAGUAGGAGCAGUAGCAGCGCGAUUAUGGCGGGGCUGUCUGGCUUCAUGCAGCAGUUUCUGGCGGACAGGGCGGGCGGGGGAGGCGGCGCAGUGGGUGGGGGGAGCGGCAGGGCGGGUGGGAACGGCGGUGCUGCAGUAGGUGGGAGGAGCGUGGCCGUGCAGCAGGACUGCGCGCACUGGAAGUGGCUCUGGCCGCGCCCCCUGGUGACACGUGGCGAGAUGUGCUUGGACGAGGACGAGGUGCGGGAAUUCGUGGAAGAGGGGCUGCGGGCGGAGCAGGAGCGACAGUGCAAGGAGAUGGCGAAGCAGAGGGAGAAGCAGGGGCUUGUGAAAGAUGAGAUUUCAGGGGAGGAGCGGCUAGAGCUGGAUACUAAGGAGGUAUUUAGACGUACCCAGGAGGCGAUUAACUUCAUAGAGGCUGAGCGCGGGGCGCGGGUGGUGAGUGGCGAGGGGGGAGAGGAGGGGGAGGAGGAGAAGGGGGAGUGGAUGGAGGUGGGGAUGGGAGGAGUGGUGGGGCAAGGGGGGGUGGUGGUGCUGCGAGAUGUGUUUGUGGAUGGGAGGGGUGUUGUGUUCAACGCGUCCCAUGUGUUCUCCGUGCAUGGGGCGUGCGUGAGCAUGAGUGGAGGUGGCAGGAAGAGGCAACAUGUAGCAGCGCAGAAGCUGAAGAAGCUCAUCUCCUUCCCCCCAGGCACCCCUGUGAGCGUGCACGAGCACCUGGUGAACCUGCUGCCGUACGAGCAGGAGGAGACAGAGGAGGAGGAGGGUGGGGGCGAGGGGCGCGGAGGGGGCGAGGGGAGCGGAGGCGGAGAGUGGGUGGAGCAGGCGAGGGUGCACAGUGGGGGGACGAGGGGGCUGGUGCGGCUGCUGCCGGUGCUCUUCCUGCUCGCCUCCUCCCUCAUGCCCACCGCCCGUCGCUUCCCCAUGCUGCUGAAUCACCGCCAUGUGAGUCGGGGGAAGGGGAGGGCGCUGGGGCGUUGUGCGAGCAGCAGUAGAGCAGCGCCCCAGAAAGAAGUCACGCCUGCUGCUGCCCGCUUCUCAGGCUCAUUCCCCCCCUUGCUGUCGUUCUCUCUCGCCCCUUCCCCUUUCUCCGUCCCCCCCCCCCCCCCCCUGCUGUCGCAUCUCGGCCCGGAUAUCUUUGGUGUGGACCUCGCCCCACUUGCCAUCCACCACCCCUCAGCCCUCCUUCACAACACCUACAGCAGCGACGGCUCUUACAACGACCCAGGCAGUGGCCCUGACACAACCACCACCGGCAUGCCUCCCCACCUCUUCUUCGCUCGAACCCUCCUCCUCCCCAUCCACACCCCCAGCCUCUGCGGCCUCUCGACACCUUCUCUCACCGCACUCCACUCCGCUCCACCGCGCGCCCCCGACGCUCUCUGGCUGGCCCUCCGCGGUUACCACCUGCUGCCCCCCCACGGCCUCCCCAUCCUCUCGCCCGACUGGACGCCCCGCCUCCCCGCGCCCCUGCAAGUGUGGGCACCUGAAAAUUCACCUGAAGAUUCACCUCAAGUUUCACCUGAAGAUUCACCUGAUGGGCUGGUGGUGGGGCGGGCGCUGCCGGAGGAUUGGGUGGUGGUGGUGUCGGUGGUGUGGAGUACGCACGUGAUGGAAGGAGGGGGAGGGGGGGAGGGAGUGAGGGAGACAGAGGCAGCAAUGCAUGUGAUUAUAGCGAUGCUCAAGGAGCUGUUCUCGGAUGGGAGGGUGAUUGUAUACGAUGAGCACAUGCCACUGCUGCAAGUUGUAUCGUGUUUGUCUCCUUUUCCCUCAACUUCCCUCCUCUCCCCCACCUACCCUCUGUCUCUCCCCCCUGCAGCCAAGGCGUUGUUCUCAAGGGCCAUUCUGCUGGUGGGCCCCACCUCACCAGCCCUCACCAACCUCCUCUUCAUGCCAUUCAACUCAACCCUCAUAGAGCUCCUUCCCUACCCUGUCACGCGCCCCCGCUCCUCCCUCCCCCUCUCGCUCCUCCUCCGCUCGCCCUACCACAAGAAAGCAGCGGCCGAGUCGGCUCUGAUCGGCCAACCGAGCGCCGCCACGUGGCACUGCCAGCUGGCGGAGCGGCUCGGGAUUCGGCAUUAUCUGAGCGUGUGCGACCUCACGUGGCUGGACAAGAGCACGGGGGAACAGUGCCACGUGGACGAGGUGUACGCUACAGUACUCGCUACAGUCCGAAGAAACCCGACCCUGCUGGCCCUCACAGGGAUCCCCGCAAUCUUCUUUCCUCCCGACGCCUUCCAGCCAACCCCCGAGCCUCCUACUGACAAUCCCAGUGACUUCGCCGAAGCUGCCGGCAGGUUCGGCGAUUUCGGUGACUUGAUUCAGGGGUCAAUGCUGGGAAAUGGGAUCAGCAGAUUAGGGGAUUUCAGCGAUUUCAUCCCGGGGUCGAGGCUGCAGAAGGGGACGGGGCAGGUGGCGGAUUUUCGGCGGUGGGCGGCGUGUGUAGCGGAAAGGGGGGAGUGGCGUUUCAACGCCACCCCGCGUGUGCUUCCCUGGGCCGAACGUGGCUUUGACAACUGCGACUUGUUUCAUGUCCGGGAGAACGGCGGCUUGGCCGGAGCUGCUGCCGACGCUGUCGCUUUGGAUCGGGAGAUGGGUCGGGAGGAGCGGGAGCAGGCGUGGAAGGUGAGGGAUGCGUUGAAGUACCAGUGGGGGGUUGCUAAGGACAGGUGUCCGCGUGUGGUUCGUGCAAAGCAAGGCGCCCGAGCCCAGGCCAUUCCAGGUUCGGAGGUUUCCGAACCUGACGAGCUGUUUUCUAGGUUCGACGGGCGGGCUCUGUGUGAGCUGGCUCGGCGGAGGGUCGGCGGGCUGAGAAUUGCCUUUGUCGGAGACUCACUUACCCGCGAAGCACAUAUCUCCUUUGUGCAUAGCAUUGUAACACACGUGCGAAAGCCGGCGAACGUGGUAACCAGAGAGGACGGCGCAGCGUGGGUGGGGCAGCUGUUGCGGAAGAAGGGAGAGUUUAUCACCCGAGCGACGUACCGAUUUGACGCCGCCGGCGCCGGGUGUGGGAAACUGGUGGUGCAUUACAUUGCAAACCGCCGGCUUGUGCCUGUGGGGGAGGAGAAGAGGGAGCGGGUGAGAUGGAUUAGCACGCCUUGGAUGGAGAGUGAGGAGAUAAAGGGAGCUCAUGUGGUGGUGUUGAAUCGAGGCGCUCAUUUUAUGCCCACGGGGCAUGUCGUAUUGUCAGUGUCGCGCGCGCUGCAAUUCCUCCGGUAUAAUUACCCCGAGAAGCUGAUAGUUUACCGGGCGACGGCCCCGGGUCACCUCAACUGCAAGGACUACAACAAACCCCUUUUAAAGCGGCAGAACGGGAGCGAUUUACCCUUUCAUUGGGGGGAAUUCAAGGCGCAAAAUGAGGCGGUGCGGCCGAUAGUGGAGGCAAUGGGGGGUGUGUUCUUGGAUGUGGAUCCAUUGAGUGCCUUGAGACCCGAUGGGCAUAGAGGGUUUGUUGAGAAGAUGGAUUGCUUGCAUUACUGCCUGCCGGGACCUGAAGAUACAUGGUCUGAGUUCCUGUAUAAUAUUAUUCAGAGGCUAGUUCCUGUAAAGUAG